AGGUGGAGUGGGGUGCACUGACUGCUAACAAUCGGGGGGCGAUGAGCGAGUGUUAGUAGCAGGCGGUGUUGGGCAGCCGUGCCGGGAGAGCGAUGUGCCGGGUGUCCUCAUUACUGAGAGCAAUGUAGCCUCCCAUCCGUGUGCCCCCCGCUGGGUGACCUGCAGACAGACAUGCAGAGGUUUUUUUAUUUAAAGAUGAACAGCUAUAACAAGCCGUUACUCCUCGGGCCUGAGGUUUCCUAAUUUUAAUUCUGCUCAUUCCAUAUUUUAUAUACUAUGCAAUGACACACAAAAAGGAACCUCCUUUUUUUAAUGAAGAUAAAGAUGGAUCGCUGCUCUGCAAGGGACCUUUCACAAUGGAACUCUUCAUUGAAACUUUGACGGGGACUUGCUUUGAGCUGAGAGUGUCACCAUUUGAAACUGUGGCCUGCGUUAAAGCAAAAAUUCAGAGGCUGGAAGGUAUUCCAAUCACUCAGCAACACUUAAUAUGGAAUAAUAUUGAUCUCAAGGAUGAUGUUUGCCUGAAUGAUUAUAUGAUCUCUGAAGGCUGUACAUUGAAGUUGGUGUUGGCAAUGAGAGCAGGCCCAAUUAACACUCGUAGAGUCCCUCUGGAAGACCCGAUCAGAGAGCUUGCUGAAUUAGUGGAUCCUGUACAAGAUGAAAUGCAGGAAAAGCUCUCCUCAAAUAAGCAGGUUACAUUUCUUGUAUACCGUGAUGGAGAUCAGAUGAAUUUCUUUCGUGUGGUGGACAAAAGGAAUGUCACUUUAACUCCGUUAUCAGAAUAUCUACGUGGCGGUUCAGCCAAUAACUUGUAUGCUGAAGAUGAUGAUGAUGAUGAUGAUAUUGAGGCUUCUCCAUCUGCCGAUCAAAUAAUAGAUAAUUCAAUCACUAGAAUCAAAAUGAAGUUGUUGAAAUCAAAGAUGGAGAGCAUGGACCUCAAUAAAAAGCUGAGGAGAUCUCCAAUCCUUAAACCAAGACCCCCUAUGGCACCACGUCCCUCAAAUGGUUCAAUGGUAGCUGGUCGUUACAGGCUGUUAAAAGUCCUCCCGCACAUUGGACAGACGUGCCUACCUCCUGGGAACCUUCACGCUGCUGAGCUUUCCCACAAUGCACUUUCUACUCUAACUGCUGCUGCUAGUACUCUAACUGUGAUUGCCGGUGAUGGUCUUAAGGAAGAAGAGACCUCUGAAAGUUCAGCAGUGAUUUCGUCACUUGCGAGUAUUACCUUCCCUACCAUAGUAUCCCCAGUAGAACUUGAAAACUCACAACUUUCAACAAACACCACCCUCCCCCAUAUUUCUUCUUUGCCUAAAAAAUAUAUAUUGACAAAAGAUGAUGACUCUAUAUUGCAUUCAAAUCUAAAUAUAAUUUCACCUGAAGAAACUUCUAGAACAGGCACAGAGUGCUUUGCACUGUUAACUGAUGUAGGGUCCUCAGAGCAGUAUGAUGAACUGUGCAGUUUGGGGAAAGUAAAAUCUGAGUUUGAACUGGCUGAAGCAGAGAAAGAGGCUCCCACCAUUGAGACCCACAAAACCACAGUCCCAAAUGCUCUAAAUUCUGAUUUGAUGGAGACUGGGAUUCUUAAUGCAACAGAUGUUAGUCCCCCAAGAAACAAAUUUCUGUCACCCAUUCACAUUUAUAGCCCGAUCAACGAUAAUGUCUUCCCUAAAACACAGCAACAGCCUAAAUGCUUUGAUUUAGGAAGCUUGAGGCCACCUGCGUCACACAAUCUCUUCCAUUCUCUGCAGCUUCGAAGCUUGGCCGAUCCCACUUUUUCCAGGACUUCUAGGUUUAGAGGUGUUGGAGUGGAAUCUCCAAGAAAGAGAUCCAGUGCAAUUUCAAAAGUGGAGGCUAGCGACAUGACUGAGGUAGCCAACAAGUCAUCCCAGGAACCUGUGGGCUCACUUAACAACCUGAGAUUUUUUGCUUCGCUGGCUCGAAGCGGAAGUAGGGAAAACUCCCAAUUCCGGACUGUUGUUGCUCCAUCAGCUUGUCUUCAGAAUGAGAACCUUUCCUCUCUCAAUGACAAAGGGAGCAUCUUCAUUACUUCGCAUGGCCUUGGAGAGAGUGAGGCCAACGCAGACUUUGGAAAGAAAAUGGUUGAAGCAACACAUCUUUUCCCUCCUGUGAAGCCUGCCUUUCGCAAUAAGAAGAAAACCACUAAGCACUGUUUCCUGUGUCGUAAGAGAACCAAUUUGGCAACAAGCUUCGAGUGCAGAUGUGGAAAUAACUUUUGUGCCACUCAUCGAUAUGCAGAAACUCACAACUGCACAUAUGAUUACAAGACUGCAGGAAGAAGACAUUUGCAGGAAGCAAACCCUGUUGUAACGGCACCAAAACUCCCCAAAAUCUAAACUGUGCACGCUGUGUAGCUCACUAACUACUCCCUCCGUCUGCUAGUCACAUGAUUAUUUUACUUUCAAUAAAUUUUUAUUGGUUUUGGUU